UAUUAAAAUGGUAUCGAGCGAAGAAGAGAUCGAGGCCAAGACAGGCGACACCAUAGAAUGGGAUGUGGACAUGGAAGUUCAACUGUUUUACGCUAUGGCGAACCACAAACCGGUCGGAAUAAAUAAACACUUUCACAUGGCUUGUAUUUGGGAAAAACUAUCAAAUUCCAUUACUAAAGAAAUUUCUACACAUGACAUAUGGCGGCAUCUAGAAACUCUAUAUGACAUAGCUAUGUUAGAUGACACAGAGCCCUUGCCAUUUCCAAAUCAUGAAGUCACAUUUAGCUUACCAGAAAAUGAGUUUGGAGCUUUGAUAAAACAAAAAUGCAAAGAUGCCAUUCUGGGAGAAGAUACCGAAGGUCUAGACACUCGGAGUCUUUCGCCUAAGGUCUCCACUCCUAGAAGCAGCUCUAGGGGCGCCGCAUCUAAAGAAAAUACGCCGAAAGCUAGCACUGCAACUACAACUGCCAGUCGUAAAGACAGCGUGACAGCAUUAUCAACAAAGUCUCGCAAAGAAAGCGGCAGCUCACACGCUUCUACAGAUACACCUAGCACCAAAUCUGAGAAGGAUUAUGAUCGACGAAGGGAUUCGCGAGACUCAAACGCAUCUGGUCCUAGAGAUGGCUCGAACAGCAGGAAAUCAACUUCGCAAAAAGAUAAAACGAAACCGAAUCGAAGUUCCGCUGCAGCGUGGGAGUCUCCACUAUUAGAUGAAGACAGCGGCCGUCGCGGGCGUAGACGAGCGAAUACCUCCACCCCGCCUGCCACAACACCCGCAAAGCGCAGACGCACAUGACACUCUCACGCGCACUCAUAUCAACGCUUCUAUUGACCUAUCCCCCUACCCGUUGGUGGGUCGAUGAAACUUACUAUGAUUACUUUUUGUUUCAUCUCUGUCUUUAAAAGUUAAGUUGGAUUUCAACGCCAUGUUGUGGAAUUUUAAAGAACUAUUCUACAAACUACAUGAUAGAAGCCGAUACUAGCGCCAUCAUAUCCGGUUUCAAAUUAUUGUCAACUAAAUAUUGGUUGAGCAGGUUAGUUUCCACAAGUUAUGGUAUUUCCAACGACUACAAUGUCUGGCGUUUCUUUAGUUUACCAUAGUUAUGUAGUUUGUUAAUUAACAUAAUUAAUAACAGGAAUUCAAAGCAUGGAAUAAACGAACUGGAUUCAAAGGAUACACGUACAUAAUUAUACAACCUACUUUAUCAUUAAUACAUAUUUUCCCAUCGUCCAUAUUCUGAACAGGUGAUUGUUUGCAACAUUUGAUCUUUGCGAUGUUUGGACAUGAGUUUUUAAAAUAAUUUGAUUAAAAAUGUACGACUUUUAACAGUUGAAUUAAUACAAACUUGUAAAUAUAAUACAUCCCUAAAGUAACCGACAUUCAACUGUCAAACAUACUCAACGAUGUGGUUCGCUGCUAUAGGGAAUCCUAUGACCAAAUGAAAUUAUGACUAAAUAACCAAAUGGUAGUAUGACGUGCAGCAACACUAGGUGGUAUUGCGGUAACGUUUUUUUUUUUUUAUUUCUACUCUAACGCCGCCGGCCUCUAUAAGCUUCAAGCAAGACUUGUUGCUAAUUAGCCGUAGUUGUGUUCAUUCUUUGCAGGCAUUCAUUAUUACACUAUACUGUACUAAUUAAUGCAUGUAGCACCCACGUCUUAGGCACAUAAUUGGACAUAGUUAUGCAAACUAGAACCAACCCACAAAAUGUCACUUUCGAGAUAAUUAGUCUUUUGUAAAAACAGU